UGGUUCUAGUACUUUCCGUAAAAUUCGAUCGUUCAUUUCAUAUUCAUUCAUUUUCUCAUUUGAUUGCGAGGACAUUGCGAGUAUUUCAUCAUACCAACAAUUUUUGUUAAUCGAACGGUGUAUUCGUGAUUAUUGCAAUUUUUUGUGUCAAAUUUAAAUUGAAAAAUUCGUGCGAAAUGUUGCUGGUCAGGAAAUCUUUAGAAACAUCGUCCAUUUCCAAUAAAUUGCAUGUGCAGCACUUUAGCACAUUGUUGCGGAAAUCUGGCGCAUCAACUCCAUCGUUAUCACUCAAAAAUUACAAUGCUUCUUUUAAUCGUUUCAAAUCCGAAGGCGUUAAAGGAGCAGUCAUUGGUAUCGAUCUUGGUACCACCAAUUCCUGUGUCGCUGUUAUGGAAGGAAAACAAGCUAAGGUUAUCGAAAAUACCGAAGGAUCUCGUACCACUCCCUCAGUCGUUGCAUUCAGUAAAGAUGGUGAAAGGUUGGUCGGUACUCCAGCUAAGAGACAAGCUGUGACCAAUGCCUCUAACACGUUUUAUGCUACUAAGCGUUUGAUUGGUAGACGUUUCGAAGAUGCUGAAGUCAAAAAAGAUAUGAAAAAUGUAUCUUACAAAAUUGUGAAAUCAUCCAACGGCGACGCCUGGGUAGAAAGCGCUGAUGGAAAAAUGUACUCUCCCAGUCAGAUAGGAGCUUUUGUUCUAACGAAAAUGAAAGAAACCGCCGAAGCGUAUUUGAAUACGCCGGUUAAAAACGCAGUCAUCACUGUGCCGGCCUAUUUCAAUGAUUCUCAGAGACAAGCUACGAAAGAUGCUGGUCAAAUCGCUGGAUUGAAUGUCCUGCGAGUCAUCAAUGAACCUACCGCAGCCGCGUUGGCUUACGGAAUGGAUAAGACUGACGAUAAAGUUAUCGCUGUUUAUGAUCUUGGCGGUGGUACUUUUGACGUAUCUGUGUUAGAAAUCCAGAAAGGAGUUUUCGAAGUGAAAUCUACCAAUGGUGAUACGUUCUUGGGUGGUGAAGAUUUCGAUAAUCACUUGGUCAACUAUUUUGUAUCCGAAUUGAAACGCGACCAAGGAUUCGAUGUCACCAAAGAUCAAAUGGCUAUGCAACGAUUGAAGGAAGCUGCUGAAAAAGCUAAAAUUGAAUUAUCGUCUUCUCUUCAAACCGACAUUAAUUUACCUUAUCUGACAGUCGACGCGUCUGGACCGAAACACAUGAAUUUGAAAUUGACGAGAGCGAAAUUCGAACAACUAGUCGGAGAAUUAAUCAAGAAAACCAUAGCUCCGUGCCAGAAAGCUUUGCAAGACGCUGAAGUAAACAAGUCUGAUAUCGGCGAAGUUUUGUUGGUCGGUGGUAUGACCAGAAUGCCGAAGGUACAAUCUACCGUUCAAGAGAUCUUCGGCAAACCACCUAGUCGAGCUGUGAAUCCUGACGAAGCGGUAGCUGUCGGCGCAGCUGUUCAAGGAGGUGUUUUAGCCGGCGACGUUACCGACGUUCUGUUAUUAGAUGUUACUCCGCUAUCGUUGGGUAUUGAAACAUUAGGUGGUGUAUUUACGAGAUUGAUAUCGAGAAAUACCACCAUUCCUACCAAGAAAAGUCAAGUAUUUUCAACCGCUGCCGACGGACAAACUCAGGUUGAAAUCAAAGUUUGCCAAGGUGAACGUGAAAUGGCUAGCGAUAAUAAAUUAUUAGGACAAUUCACGUUGGUCGGUAUUCCGCCAGCACCCAGAGGAGUUCCUCAGAUCGAAGUAACAUUCGAUAUCGAUGCCAACGGUAUUGUUCACGUAUCCGCUCGUGAUAAGGGUACCGGUAAAGAACAGCAAAUUGUUAUUAGGUCUUCCGGUGGUCUCAGCAAAGAUGAAAUUGAAAACAUGGUCAAGAGAGCAGAAGAAUAUUCUCAACAAGAUAAAGUCAAGAAAGAAAGAGUAGAAGCCAUUAACCAAGCUGAAGGAAUUAUUCACGAUACCGAAACCAAAAUGGUCGAAUACCAGUCUCAAUUACCUCAAGAAGAAACCGAAAAAUUAUCCAAACUCAUCGACGAAUUAAAGAACGUUAUUUCCAACAAAGAAGAAGCCGAUCCCGAACAAGUGCGUAAAGCGACUAGUGAAUUGCAACAAUCGUCUUUGAAAUUAUUCGAAAUCGCCUACAGAAAGAUGGCAGCCGAAAGAGAAGGUUCCUCUGGUAGCAGCGACAGCAGUAGCAGUAGCAGUAGCAGUGGUACUUCCGAAGAACAGGCCAAAAAAGAAGAGAAACAAAACUAAUUUAUAAAUUUACAAACCAACGCAUUUCUAAUUCAUAGAUUCGGUUCGAUGUUCGAAUUAACGUAUUUGUUUUUUUUUUACGUUGUCAGCUCGUUGUGGUCGCAGAUGGGGAAUCUGUCGCUGAUUUUUUAGUGGGGAGAAGCUCUCAUUCCGAGAUAUUUAUGUGUACUUUGUUAAGAGAGUAUUUAGGACGACCGUAGUAAUAGUAGUUUUAUACCGAUUAUAAUAAAUACGUAAUGUAAGUUUUUGUAUGAUGUUUCUCUCUACUGUAUUGCGUCAUUUUGAGAAUGAAUGUGUACGUAGUUGAAAUGCCCCGCGUCUUCUGACGUUAUGUGUAGUAUAAAUACUGUGUAAAUAUUCCACGUUAUGCCUUUCUUUUGCUAAAUAAACGUUUUUUUCCCUUAA